AUGAGAAGCCCGGAGACCAUCGGCCCGCUCCUCACUCGCUACGCCGCCGCGCAGUCUCUGCUCCCGGGAGCCCACAUCCACGCCAACCUCCUCAAGUCCGGCCUCCUCGCCACCUUCUGCAACCACCUCAUCUCCUUCUACUCCAAGUGCCGCCUCCCCGGCAGCGCCCGCAGGGUGUUCGACGAAAUCCCGAACCCGUGCCACGUCUCCUGGUCCUCGCUCGUCACCGCCUACUCCAACAAUGCCCUUCCCCGGGACGCGCUCGGCACCUUCCGCGCCAUGCGCGCGCGCGGCGUCCGCUGCAACGAGUUCGCGCUCCCCGUCGUGCUCAAGUGCUCGCCGGACGCCGGGCUCGGCGCGCAGGUGCACGCCGUCGCGGUGGCCACUGGGCUCAACGGGGACAUCUUCGUGGCCAACGCGCUCGUCGCCAUGUACGGCGGGUUUGGCCACGUGGACGAGGCGAGGAAGGUGUUCGACGAGGCCGGCAGCCAGCGGAACGCCGUAUCUUGGAACGGCCUGAUGUCGGCUUACGUCAAGAAUGACCGGUGCAGCGAAGCCGUCGAGGUGUUUGGGGAGAUGGUGUGGAGCGGGUUACGGCCGAACGAGUUUGGGUUCUCCUGCGUCGUGAAUGCCUGCACGGGUUCUAGGGAUUUGGAGGAUGGCAAGAAGGUGCAUGCCAUGGCGGUACGGACGGGGUACGACAGGGACGCCUUCACUGCCAAUGCGUUGGUAGACAUGUACUCGAAGCUGGGGGACAUUCAGAUGGCGGCUGUGAUUUUCGGGAAGGUGCCCGAGACGGAUGUCGUCUCGUGGAACGCCUUCAUUUCCGGGUGCGUGCUUCAUGGACAUGAUCAGCAUGCACUGGAGCUGCUGCUGCAGAUGAAGUCUUCAGGGCUGGUGCCUAACGUGUUCACGCUGUCCAGCAUCCUCAAGGCCUGUGCUGGUGCUGGCGCAUUCAAUCUGGGCCGGCAAAUUCAUGGGUUCAUGAUCAAAGCCUGUGCAGAUUCAGAUGACUAUAUCGGUGUUGCUCUUGUGGAUAUGUAUGGAAGGCACGGCCUUUUGGAUGAUGCGAGGAAGGUGUUCAAUUGGUGGAUCCCUCGAAAGGAUUUGCUUUUGUGGAAUGCACUGAUCUCAGGCUUCUCACAUGAAGGAUGCCAUGGCGAGGCGAUGUCUCUCUUUUGCAGGAUGAGAAAGGAAUGUUUUGAGGUCAAUAGGACGACACUUGCUGCUGUUCUCAAAUCAACAGCAAACUUGGAGGCAAUCAGUGACACAAGACAGGUUCAUGCUCUUUCAGAGAAAAUGGGGUUCCUUUCUGACCCUCAUGUCGUCAAUGGUCUUAUUGAUUCAUAUUGGAAGUGUAAUUGCCUCCACUAUGCAAAUAGAGUCUUUGAAGAACACAGUUCUGAUAACAUCAUAGCUUUUACAUCCAUGAUCACAGCACUAGCACAGUGUGGCCACGGUGAGGAUGCAAUGAAGUUGUUCAUGGAGAUGCUAAGAAAGGGUCUAGAGCCAGAUCCUUUCGUGCUAAGUAGCCUCCUGAAUGCUUGUGCGAGCCUAUCGGCAUAUGAGCAAGGGAAGCAGGUGCAUGCUCACUUGAUCAAGAGACAGUUCAUGUCAGAUGUGUUUGCGGGGAAUGCUCUUGUGUACACAUAUGCAAAGUGCGGGAGCAUAGAGGAUGCAGACCUUGCUUUCUCUGGACUGCCAGAGAAGGGAGUCGUCUCAUGGUCUGCAAUGAUUGGAGGGCUAGCACAACAUGGGCAUGGGAAAAGAGCAUUAGAUGUGUUCCGCAGGAUGGUUGAUGACCGCAUUGCUCCAAACCAUAUCACUAUGACUAGUGUUCUCUGUGCUUGUAACCACGCAGGGCUUGUCGAUGAGGCCAAGCGAUACUUCAAUUCGAUGAAGGAGAUGUUUGGAAUUGACAGGACAGAGGAGCAUUAUGCAUGCAUGAUUGAUCUUCUUGGCCGUGCUGGUAAACUAGAUGAUGCAAUGGAUCUUGUCAACAGCAUGCCAUUUGAAGCCAACGGCGCAGUUUGGGGGGCACUACUAGCAGCCUCAAGAGUACACCGAGAUCCAGAACUAGGAAAGCUUGCAGCUGAAAAGCUCUUCAUCCUGGAGCCAGAGAAGUCUGGCACACAUGUGCUGCUUGCAAACACCUAUGCAUCUGCAGGCAUGUGGGAUGAGGUGGCUAAGGUGAGAAAAUUGAUGAAGGACAACAAUGUCAAGAAGGAGCCUGCUAUGAGCUGGGUUGAAUUGAAGGACAAGGUACAUACUUUCAUUGUCAGUGACAAGAGCCACCCAAGGGCACGGGACAUAUAUGCAAAGCUAGAAGAACUGGGAGAUCUGAUGAGCAAAGCUGGAUAUGUUCCGAAUGCAGAUGUUGAUCUGCAUGAUGUAGAGAGGAGCGAAAAGGAGUUUCUUCUUUCUCAUCACAGUGAGAGACUGGCUGUUGCAUUCGCAUUGAUCAGCACUCCAGCUGGUGCACCCAUUAGGGUUAAGAAGAACCUGCGCAUAUGCAGAGAUUGCCAUGUUGCAUUCAAGUUCAUUUCGAAGAUCGUUUCAAGGGAGAUUAUUAUCAGAGACGUCAACCGGUUCCAUCAUUUCAGUGACGGGGCAUGUUCUUGCGGUGAUUACUGGUAAAACGGUUCGACAUACAUGAUUUUUUCUUAUAGCUUGUUAGUGACUGAUGGGUAGAGCAGCUACCUUCAGAUAGGUUUACAACUCAGAAAAUGCGGUAGUCAUUACCCUAGCGUUGUAACAAUAUUAUUUGAGAUAUAAACCCAUGGUUUCUACAACUGCUUCUGCAGCAAGAUGCUUACAACUCAGAAAAUGUGGUAGUCAUUACCCUAGCGUUGUAACAAUAUUAUUUGAGAUAU